GUUGAGAGGGUACGUGCUGUGUGUUCGUGAGUGCGUGUGUGUGAAUGUACACUUCGUGACGAGCUAUGCGGAACUUGUUCCUCCUCCUCGGCAUGUGUGUGUGUGUUGUGGCUUCUUACUUACUGAAAGUUGUUGAAGCAGCUUCACUCCGACACUGACAGUAUGAGCGGUGAGGCGGAAGGUGUGCAGCCAGAACUUCGGUCAGGAUGACUGUUUGUUUUUGUCAUUCUGAGUUCAUUGCAGCGCUGAUGUGAAGUGAGUGCGAAUGCUUUUUUAAACGCGUUUUGUUUUAUUUUAUUUUAUUGUAUUUUUGUCGCGUCUUGCUUUCUAUUUUUUUACGCCUCUACCUUGAUCAAAAAACAAACAAACAAACAAACAAACAAAAAUUCAAAAAUGAAGUUUAACGGUUACCUGAAGCUCCGCAUCGGCGAGGCGGUGGACCUGAAGCCGACCACCUUCUCCCUCCGCCACUCUGUCAUCUUCAACAAAGCCCCGCCGGCUCUGGACCCGUACAUCGUGGUGAAGGUGGACGACUACAAGAUUGGACAAACUCACACCAAACAGAAAACCAACGCGCCGACGUACAACGAGGAGUUCUGCCUGAACGUGAGCAACGGGAAGCAGAUCGAGAUGGCAGUUUUCCACGACACUCCAAUCGGAUACGACGACUUUGUGGCCAACUGCAUCAUGCAGUUUGAAGACCUCAUCAAAACCUCCAACACAGGAGAGACUUUCGAGGGAUGGAUGGACUUGGAACCAGAGGGCAAGGUUUACAUCCAUGUUGCCCUCACUGGAUCCUUCACUGAUGAUGACGCCAUUGUCAAAGAGAAGACCUAUAAGCAGUUUACGAGGAAGCGGCAGGGGGCUGUCAAGCGGAGAAUCCACCAGGUCAACGGGCACAAGUUCAUGUCCACUUUCCUCCGUCAACCCACCUUCUGUUUUCACUGCAAAGAGUUCAUCUGGGGUGUUUUUGGAAAACAGGGUUACCAGUGCCAAGUCUGUACCUGUGUGGUUCACAAACGAUGCCACCAGCACGUGGUCACUGUUUGUCCGCGUAUGAAGAAGUCCACAAAAGAACAGCCUGUAACCCAAGGCUUCAGCAUCAACAUCCCUCACAAGUUCAAUAUCCACAACUACAAGUCGCCCACCUUCUGUGACCACUGCGGCUCCCUGCUGUGGGGGAUAGUCAAGCAGGGGCUGCACUGUAAAAUCUGUAAAAUGAAUGUUCACAUCCGCUGCAGAGGCAACGUCGCUCCCAACUGUGGGGUCAACAGCGUGGAACUGGCCAAUAAGCUUGCAGAGAUGGGCCUGCAGGCUGGAGAAGUCUCUAAACGCAACUCACUGGCCAGAAAUGCAAGUCAGAUUAGAGCGCCAUCUGAAAGGAGGGAGGAUACAGAAGGUCAGCAGCAGCAUCCUCGGCUUGGCAUCUCGGACUUCACGUUCCUUCAGGUCCUUGGCAAGGGCAGCUUUGGAAAGGUGAUGCUGGCAAAACUAAACUCCAAUGAUCGGGUUUUCGCGGUCAAGGUACUGAAGAAGGACAUCAUUCUGCAGGACGAUGAUGUGGAGUGUACCAUGACGGAGAAGAGGGUGCUGUCCCUCGCCCGCUGUCACCCUUACCUCACACAGCUGCACUGCUGCUUCCAGACGCCGGACCGUCUGUUCUUUGUGAUGGAGUUUGUGAACGGUGGCGAUCUCAUGUUCCACAUCCAGAAGUCCAGGAAGUUCGAGGAGCCGAGGGCACGUUUCUACACAGCAGAGAUCACCUCCGCACUCAUGUUCCUGCACAGCAAAGGCAUCCUUUACAGGGAUCUAAAAUUGGACAACGUUCUUCUUGACAAAGACGGCCACUGUAAGCUGGCAGACUUUGGCAUGUGCAAAGAGGGCAUAUUUGAAGGCGCGGCCACAGGAACUUUCUGUGGAACCCCGGAUUACAUUGCUCCAGAGAUCCUGCAGGAGAUGUUGUAUGGGCCCUCUGUUGAUUGGUGGGCUCUCGGGGUGCUGUUGUACGAGAUGCUGUCGGGACACGCCCCCUUUGAGGCCGAAAAUGAAGAUGACCUCUUCGAGUCCAUCCUCAAUGAAGACAUUGUUUAUGCGUCUUGGCUCAGCACAGAGGCUGUGAACAUACUCAAAGCUUUCUUGACCAAAAACCCGGCCCGGCGGUUGGGCUGUGUGGCCUCAGAGGGCGGAGAGAGCGCAGUGACCAGCCACGCCUUCUUCACCGGCAUCGACUGGGAGAAGCUGAAUCGUAGAGAAAUUGAGCCACCGUUCAAGCCGAGGAUUAAAGCGCCAGAGGACGUCAACAACUUUGACCCAGAUUUCACACAGGAGGAGCCGAACCUCACGCCCAUUGAUGACCCACUGAUCCCUUCCAUCAACCAGGAGGAGUUUUGUAACUUCUCCUUCACCUCUCCUGAACUGCUGGAGGGCUGAGAGUCUCCUCAUUGAUCCACCAGUCACUGUCCGCAGUGUCUGUGGUUCUGUCUAAGACGGUACCCAGUGGUACGCACAGAAUGAGGUUGUCACAUUCCCCAGAGACGUGAAGGUGCAAAGUGCCGAGGAGUCAGCCGAACACAUGCUCGACAAGAAGCGGGGCUGAUGAACUCUCAAGUACUCCUGUGAUUCCUGUAAAAAUGACUUUUGCGGCCUGAUUUUGACACAUUCUUUUAAGUGUCUGCUUGGAAAUGUUGUAUAUGGCAUGUUGAUGUGUUGACAAUGACAGAAUUUUUACUGUUCAUUUUUACUGCUCUCCUGAAGAUGGAUGAUUUUUUUCCAGUUACUUCAAAUGUUAAAAAAAAACAAAAAAAGACAGGACUUUUUAGAGUAUAAAGACAAGGUCUGUGUUUCAUUUUUGCUCCGGCACAAGAGUCAGUUUUAACCAGCCUGCCAUAGAUUCCCAGAAAAGUCAAGCUGCCAGUUAAGAUCCUGGAAGGACUGAGUGAGCGGGUGAAAUAGUUUCUCAAUGAUGUGUUCCUGCUUGAAAAAAACUAAUACGCUCAGACCCACCCACUGUGGCUAAAUGAGAGCUGAAUCCCUCCACUUUUGAAAUGGGGGGAUAAAACUUAAAUGAGGCUUGAGAAACAGCAGUAUAUCCUGGUUAACUUUAAAAAAGAAUGUCACAUUAACCAUUGAAAGGAUGACUUGUCUCGCUCAGAUCUUAGGUGGUGUGUAGCAAAAACUUGGCAUCCAUCACAGUGACUCUCUGUGUAAUUUGAUCAGCCAGGCAUGUUGAGGAUGAUGCAAGAUUUCAUCGGCGAUGAAAGCACCGCGGUGAUUCAUGUCGGCUGAGAAAUCUGUAAAAGUUUGGAGAUUUCACCACACGGUUGUCCUUAUCAGAAGGCUUAUAACGAGUGUGGUGUUUGGCAAUUGCCGAAAUCAAGCGGCAUCGGUCGAGGGUACCAGUAAUCACUCAGGCUGCUGCUCUCUUCUUACACACACUGCUUCUCUUUCAACAGACACGGGGCCUUUGAAGCCUCCCUGGUCUGUGGGCAGACUGCCUGGGUAAUGGGAACUCAUGUGGGGGCAUUUGCAAACAUGGAAAUCUGAUAAGUUAUUAAGUAUUCUCCCUGCUGAACACUUAAACCAGGCUCACUGUGAGAAUGUCAAAUGGAAACAAGGAAGCAGUAGACAGAGAGAGAGAGAGACAGAGAGAGAGAGAGAGAACUUUUACUUUAACCCUGCUGUACACCGACAUGUUAGGGAGCCAUCAGCACUUCCUCUUGUCAUUGCAAACCAGUAGAGAAUAAACAGGAAACCACACAGCGUCAUUACUGUCGCCUUUGAUAGAAGCAGGAAGACAUGAGAGGGAAAUCAAGCUUUUGAGACACUCCGAAAAGCAUGAAUACAGCCUGAGUACAGUGCAUGCAGUUGGUUCAAGGAA